UAUGGCUGUGAUGAGAGUCGUGAAGAAAGUGUUUGUCUACUACACUGGAGGUACCAUAGGGCUGAUUGACGAUGGGGAUGCCCACCUCCGACAAGGAAGCGUUCAGGAUGUCAGACAAUUUAUCAUCAACCAUAUUCAGCUGCAUCAGGAACCUGCUGUCAGAGAAGAUUUGAUUCAGUUACAUCAGAAGGCUGUCGAUGACUACUUUGUGGAGGAAUGGAAUGAUGACUCAUGCAAGUACAGCAUUUUAUUUAAGCUUGAAACAGUGGAAGCACCAGUCGAUUCGACUGAAAUGAGCCCUGAUCAUUGGUUUGAGAUGGCACAGCGCAUCCAGAAGGAGAAGAGUCGUUAUGAUGGCUUUGUCAUUCUCCACGGCACGAACACCAUGGCGUACACCUCCUCCGCUCUGUCCUUCAUCUUAAUGGAUUUAAAGAAGCCAGUUAUUUUGACUGGAGGCCAGAGGUCCCUGUUCCAUCCACGUAGCAAUGCCAUGGACAACUUGAUAGGUGCUUUGGUGAUGGCAGGUUGUCUAUCUGGUGAAGAGAAGAAGAAGGAGAUUUUUCAGCAGGUGAUGCUGUUUGAUAACAACAAGCUGUUCCAAGGCAACAGGGUCUGCAAAUUUGACUGCCAGUCCUUCCACGUGUUUGACUGUCCAAAUGCAAAACCUCUAGCAUACAUGGACCCCAUCAUGAGAGUGCCCGCCCACACACCAGUGUGUGUUAAGGACAGAAUUGAGGCCAAGUCCUGUCCUGGGGAAACCCCUGAUGUAAGAAUCCUACGCCUCUUCCCUGGAAUCCAGGAGAAGUAUGUGAGGAGUGUUCUAGAGGGGGCUGCAGGUGUGAUCUUGGAGUCCUUUGGCCCUGGGGACAUCCCUGGAUAUGACUGGUUGAGAAAGGCUCUCAACGAGGCAAAGAACAGGAAGGUGGUGAUGUUGAACUGCACCCAGGUCUACAGAGGAUCCGUCAGGUCCAACUACGAGUCCUCCUUGAAUGCUUCUUUGCGAGUGGGGUUCUACGAAGAUGAGGUGUGA